AUGGCCACCAAACAAAUUAUUAACUCUCAAAAUGGUCGCUUGAUCUCCUUGUUGGGCAAACAAACACAAUGGAAAAGCUGCUUCUCUGUUAGCCGUUUGUACAGCAGUGAAAAAACAGCCGAACAAAACCCAGAGGGUACCACCACAAACGAAGAUCCUUCUGAACAAUUGAAAAAAUUGUCAGCCGAUUUGGAAGCUGUAAACAAAGAAGUGACCACUUUGAAAGAGAAAAAUGAAGAACUUAUGGAUAAAUAUCGUCGUUCCUUGGCGGACAGUGAAAAUUUACGAGUCCGUUUGAACAAACAAAUUGCUGAUGCCAAAAUUUUUGGCAUUCAAUCAUUCUGUAAAGACUUGUUGGAAGUGGCGGAUAUUUUAGGUCAUGCCACCAAGGCUGUGCCACAAGAUCAGUUGGAAGUCAAUCCCCAUCUGAAAAACUUAUACGAAGGUUUGACAAUGACAAAUGCUUCCUUGCUGCAAGUGUUCAAGCGUCACGGUUUGGAACCAAUGAAUCCACUUAACGAAAAAUUCAAUCCCAAUAUGCAUGAAGCUCUAUUCCAAAAGGUCGAUGCCUCCGUUGAACCCGAUACCGUUGUUGAAGUCACCAAAUUGGGUUAUAAACUACAUGAACGUGUCAUAAGACCCGCUUUAGUUGGUGUAUCGAAAUCCUCAUAAUUUCAGCAAUUAAGUUA